GCGCUGCUGGCAGUUGUCUGCCCUUCGCUCCUGGGACUGAGUGAGUGUGGAAGGAGAAACCCGCCAGCUUGGUGGAGAGACGUGCUUGGUUUUGAGUACCACUCUGCAUUUAACCGGACCCCAGAGUGAGGGGAUCAACCUUCUGAUUCAAUAGGUGCCACCAUGUUGUGCUCCCUGUUCCUGCUGCUCCUGGCCAUGGGCAGAGUGCAGACAACUCGGCCAUGUUUUCCCGGAUGCCAGUGUGAGGAAGAGACUUUUGGCCUCUUUGACAGUUUCAGCCUGACUCGGGUGGACUGCAGCAGCCUGGGCCCCCACAUUGUGCCUGUGCCCAUCCCUCUGGACACAGCCCACCUGGACCUGUCUUCCAACCGGCUAGAGACUGUGAAUGAGUCGGUGCUGGCAGGGCCGGGCUAUACCACACUGGCUGGCCUGGACCUCAGUCACAAUCUGCUCACCAGCAUCUCGCCCACUGCCUUCUCCCGCCUGCGAUACCUGGAGUCGCUUGACCUCAGCCACAAUGGCCUGGCAGCCCUGCCAGCUGAGGUCUUCACCAGCUCCUCCCUGAGCGAUGUCAACCUCAGCCAUAACCGACUACGGGAGGUCUCAAUCUCUGCCUUCUCCACCCACAGCCAGGGCCGGACGCUGCACGUGGACCUAUCCCACAACCUUAUCCACCGCCUGCUCCCCCAUCCAGCCCGGGCCAGCCUGCCUGCACCUACCAUUCAGAGCCUGAAUCUGGCCUGGAACCGGCUCCGUGCUGUGCCCGAUCUCCGAGACCUGCCCCUGCGUUACCUGAACCUGGAUGGGAACCCUCUGGCUACCAUCCACCCAGGUGCCUUCAUGGGGUUGGCAGGCCUCACCCACCUGUCACUGGCCAGCCUACAGAGUGUCCCCCAGUUAGCACCCCAUGGCUUCCGUGAGCUCCCAGGCCUACAGGUCCUGGACUUGUCAGGCAACCCCAAGCUCAAGUGGGCAGGAGCCGAGGUGUUUUCAGGCCUGGGCUUGCUGCAGGAACUAGACCUGUCGGGUACCAGCCUGGUACCCCUCCCUGAGAUGCUGCUCCAUCACCUCCCAGCUUUACAGAGUGUUAGCGUAGGCCAAGAUGUGCAGUGCCGGCGCCUGGUGCGCGAGGGUGCCUACCCCCGGCAGCCUGGCUUCAGCCCUAAGGUACUCCUACACUGUGGAGACACCCAGGAAUUUGCUGCCAGAGGCUCAGACAUCUUGUGACAAAUGGUGUGGCCUGGGGCCACUUGACAGACUGCUGUCCUGGGCUUGCUCAGGUCCCAACUAACUUAUAUUUUAAUGUGCCAAUGCCUGUGGGGAGUCUCCAGGCCUACGUGGCGGCAUCUCAGUAAAGCUGUGGGCCAGGGAUAGCUUUAGUACCUGGGGCCUGUAACCAGGAACAAAAUCUACCCGUUUGUCUCGGUGGCUCCCUUCCCAGAACUGUGGGCAGAGGGACUUGGCUGCCAAACCAGACUCUGGUCCCUUCCUGAGCCCCGCCCCCCGCUGUCCAUAAGUGCCUUCCUUCCCUUUUGCCUGGAUGGACCUGACCCACCGUGUGACGGGGUGGGUGGGGGUCAGCUCUGCAAAUGCUGACUCAGCUCCUCGGAGCUCAGUGUCUAACCACACCUUCUGUGAGGCCUACUUCUUCCUUUUCUCAUGGAAUCCUGGGUAGAUUCUUAGUUGUAGAAGGACUUAGAGAGAAAAUCAAAUCCACCCUCCUUGUAGGACAGUCGGGAAAGGGGGCCAGGAGCAACAGACGUGCUCACCUGAGGUCUUGGAGAGGUGUGAAGAGCCCAGCCUCCUGCUGAGGGUGGGGGCCAUGGACUUCCCUGUCUGUCAUCCAUCUCCUCCCCUGGCUGGGUGCCCUAUGACCAUUGUCUGUGCUUUUUCCCAUUACGGCCAGCAGCGGCGACAGCAAGGUCACAGAGGUGGGACUCUAGGUCCAGUGGCCAGCUCAUGGUAUGAGCAAAGUCAGUCCACCUUUCAGAGCCUCAGGAAGCUUGGGACAUGUCAGUCCCAAGCCUGUCAGUUUCUUAUUGUGGGAUGGGGGUCCCCUAGCAUCAAGACUGGAAGCGUGCACAUUUUCCCCAGAGACCCUGUCUCACGAUGCUUCCUAAGAAGUCAAUGCAAUUUUGGCUAUCUGGCCAUGAGCUCCAAGGGGCCUUGUGGAGUUAGUGUCCAUGGGCCAGAGCCCAGAGGCCCAUUAAUCCUCCAGGAGUGCAGCAGAAAGAGACGGGGUUUCCCAUCUACAUUAUGCUUACCCCCAGGGUCACAUCUCAGCUCUCUAGCCCUGGACUCUCUCCUUUGUCUUCAUUUUAUGAGAGUCAUUGCCUUUUCUUAGUGAACUGUCACUUUUAACCCCCACCUCUGCUGGUCGGGGAUGGAAACGAAGAUAAAUGUAUUUGUUCACUUUUGUAAGACUUCUGGGCAUGCGUUGGCGGUGUUGGGAAGAAGCCAGCUAUUGGUGACCGUGUGGGCACUGGGGCUGGCCCCAGAGAUGCUCACAAGGCAGUGUGAGCUCCGUCUUGCCACACUCGCCCAGCCCAGCCCAGCCCCUGACUGGUCCUUGGUUUAAUAAAUACGUAGAAGAGUUCUUUCCAUCUCA